CUUUGUACGGAUUGUUUGGGUAAUGACGAUUUCAUGUGCUGCUUUCAACUGUACAGUUAGGUACAAAGAAAAGAAAAGUGGUGUAUCAUUUCAUAGAUUCCCAAAAGACAAAACUAUUAGAAGAAAGUGGGUAGCUGCUUUAAGAAGAAAAAAUUACAUACCAUCAAAUUAUGCUACCGUUUGUAGCAAUCACUUUAGAGAUGAAGACUAUUAUUUAAGUGGUAAAGGAACCAAACUUUUGAAAAAAGGAGUAGUUCCAUCAGUUUUCAAUUUUCACGAGGAUUCCGAACAUCUGAAAUGUGGCCCAAAAAAAAUAUUAGCAAGCAAUUUUAUUUUCAAAGAAAAUACUCCCUGUUCUUCUCAAGCAGUAUAUAUUAAUAAGGAACUACAAGGAGUCAAUGUUUCCAAUAUACCAACAGAAGUUCCAAAAGAAUCCACUGUAUUUGAAAGGGAUUGUACUCCAAACAAAUUCAUUAUCAGGAAGAGGUUUCCAUCAAAUUUGAACAUCGCCCAGUUAUGGUGUGAAUCCCUUCAACUGGAAGUGGACAAUUUGAGAAAAUGCCUAAUCUGUUCAGAUCAUUUUUCACCUGACGAUGUUUAUAAAUUAGGUUCUAAAAAUUUUAUCAGAAAAGGUGCUAUCCCAUGUUUGAGGGUUCAGGAUCCAGUACCUUCUGCAAAUGGAAAGGUGAUGAAAAGGUCUAUGGAUUCGAAGCCUUUAGACCAAACCAAAUUAAUUCAUGAUGUAGAAGAGAGUCAACAGCAGUUUGUCAAAUCAAGUUCUGCAAACCCUAGACUCAUUCAUGUUUUACCAACACAAGAUCCACGAAGUGCAAAACUAUUGGAAGAAUCUUCAGAUGCACUGGUGUCCUCACAAGGUGCCCAUCAGACUUUUGUCAUUCCUUCAACUGCAGACAAUCCUGUGACGACUCCUAUCAUCAUUAUUCCACAGGUUUCAGGAGCUAUUUCCAGUGAUACAUUGGUGCUACCACAAAAUUUUGGAAAAAAUAAUUUAAUAUUGACUCCGCUGAGUUCGGUUGCUUCAAAUUCAAAUCAACAAGCAAGUAUUCAGCAAUUUGGAAUUGGUACCACCUCUCAACUUGUUAAAUUAGCAUCUGCUACCACUACACCAGUUCGGUAUGUUGAUACAAGCAUGCUGGGUCAACUUGAUAAUUCAUAUACCGAUAGUGUUAGUAAUAAUAUUUCAGAGAAGACCAAUAAAGGAAUGGAAAUGAGGUGUCGCACAUGCUUGCAUCCUGUCCCGAAUCAUCUAGAACAAGCUUCCAUGUCAAUGACCUGCUUUGAAGGGAAAUCUGUUAAAGAAAGUUUAGUGCAGCUUUUACCUAAGAUGACUUCUUCCCUUGUUGAUGACCAUUUUGUUUGUGCCAAUUGUUUUAUAUCAUUGAGAAAUGCUUUGGGAUUUGUGAAGAAAUGUUUAGAAACUGAAAGUGUGAUAGCAGAGGAAUUGAAAAUUAAUUCUGGAAACGAUUCUUUGGAAAAGGAUGUGAAGCAGCAAUUCACAAAUACUGAACUACUUCUAUCUGAUACAACAAUCAAUGAAAGAAAUGAAUUUCAAGACAACGAAUAUGAAAUUGAAGAAGAUAUCAAUUUUGAUGAAGAUAUCAGCUUUGAUGAAAAAGAGGAAGAUGAUGAUGAUGAUGACCAUGAAGAAGAAGACUCGUCAUUUGAGUGUGAUAUUGAUGUGGAGGAGCAUGAUUAUGUUUUGAAUGGUAUUACUAAUUUGAUAAAGGCAAAUGAAGGAAAUAAAUACAAAAAAUUCGACAAAAAACAAUCAGAUCUCUGCAACAAUGUAAUAAAGUAUUUGAAGUUUUUACCUUUGGAAUAUGCUAAAGUUGGUGACCAUGAUAGAAUUGUAUCUAUUCCAAAUUUGGAACCCGAAUUUGUGUACAGUCUGCAAAAGAAUAAAAUCAACUUUUUACAGAAUUGUGCCAAAUUCGAUGAGAAUGUAUUCAAAAACAAACGUGUGCUUUUGAUUGGCAGCCACACGAAAAUAAAGUGCCUCUUGUGUGAAGAACAUUUCAAUACAGAAGAAGAAAUGCGAGUCCAUAUAUCAGAUGUUCAUGGAUUUACCCGAGCUUUUAUUUUGGACACUCAUUAUUAUCAGUACUUGCCUGGCUCUUCUAUUUAUUGUGAAGCAUGCGGAAAAAACUGCAGGACAGUAGCAAGUAAAAAAGUUCAUUUGAAGAAUUGUUAUGUACUUCCUUGUCCAUACUGCGAUAAAAUGUUUGCUCCAUUUCAAAUGCGGAAACAUACUUUAGAACAACAUAAUGAUCCAAAACCCUUCAAAUGUUUUUACUGCAAACAAGAGAAAAACAGCUUCAUGAGUUUCAAGUCUCAUUUAUGUGAAAUUCUUAACUGCGAAACAUGUGGUAAAGAUUUCGAAAAUAAGAAUAGUUUGAGAAUUCACAAGAAAAAAUGUUGUCCAGAAGAUGUUACCACCAAAAGAUGUAGUGAGUGUAAAUUGAGGUUCAGCUUGAGUUCUUUUCAAAGCCACGUGAAAACUCAUGAAUUUCCAUGCUCAAUUUGUGGAAAAAUAAUGCCCAAUAGAAGGGUACUGUAUAAGCAUGAAUACCAUCAUAGCGUGAAAAAAGGUUCACUGUGUCCUUUCUGUGGGAAACUUGUCUCAUAUUUACCCAAACAUAUAAAAAUGCAUAAAGAUGAGCAGCUACAAGGUUUCACGUGCUCUCUGUGUUCCAAGACAUUUAUAAGCAAGUCUAAUCUUAAUAGACAUGUAAAACUGUAUCAUAUGACCACCAGAAUUGUUUGUGAAAAGUGUGGCAAAAUAUUCUCCGAAUAUUAUUUAGAAAAUCAUUAUAAAUCAGAACAUCCAAAUGAAAAAGUAUUCAAAUGCGCAAAAUGCGAAUCUAGUUUCACAAUGAUAGCUUAUCUCAAGCAGCAUGCUAAAUCUCAUGCCAUUGAGGUGAAGAAAGAACAUGACAUGAAUAAAAAAAAUGAAAAGCCAAAACGGAACAGAGAAUUUCGGUCGAAAGAGAGAAGAGUAUAUCGUCAUACAGACCUUUUCAAGAAAGUUAAAUCGAAAAUGAAAGGACUUGAUGCACCAAUAACAUGCAAACAUUGUUUGAAGACACUGAAAGACUUAUAUCAAUAUAGGAAUCAUCUUGAAACACAUGUGGCUUUGUAUCGCUUCAAAUGCAGAUUUUGUGAAAUGACCUAUUCUUCAGCUAGAAAUAAAGAUAGACAUGAAAAAUUACACGAGGACCCAAACUAUAAGUUCAGAUGUGGUGAAUGUUGGAAAGUGAUGAAGAGUCAAGAGGAAUUAGAUGAUCAUAUGGAACAUCAUGCUUCGAAACCAAAGAGGUAUCAAUGUGGUGAUUGCUUUGAGUUAUUUAGUCGGGAAUAUCAGCUUAGGUCUCAUAUAGUAAAUAAGCAUACUGUAGAAGGCGAAGUCGAGGAAGCCAAGGAAGAUGUAAUCAUAGAUGCCUUGAUGGAUUUUGCUGUGUGAAUCAAUCAUUCAUCUGUUGUAAAAUUUAUUCGUCUACAUUCAAUAAAUUAAUUUUCUGUAA